GACUGCCAAACAGAAUAAACGUGUACAGAUCAGGUGUGGCCGAACACACGCGAGAGAGAAAAAAAAAAAAAAAAGAAAGAAAACGACGCCAACCAGUGUGAAAUUAACAAACAGUGAAAUCUUCUAAUAAGAUUAGAACAUUAAACUGAAAAUAUUAAAGGGAAAUGGUGCGUGAAGAUUUAGUGGCCCAGCUGGGGCUGGCAGGAGUCAACUUUCCACCAACGGCAACAAUUGCCCAGCUACGCGAAUUGUUGAGAGAAGUGGUAGGGGCAAGCGUCUCAUCGAGUGCAUCGUCAUCGCCGACACCAAUACCACCACAAGUAAGCGUAGCAGCUAGCGGCCCACCACCACAAGGGCAAGCAGAAAAUGUAGAGACACAGCAACAGCUAGACAACGCAAUUGCGCCAACGACUCGACAACAAGCAGAUGUUCUGUUACAAACACCAACAACAACAAAAGAAAUGGCAAGCAAACAAGGGCAUGCAAACGGACAAGCAGUUGGGGUGGUAACAGACAAAGAAGGGCAUGCAAGUAAACGAAACGAAAUAGCGAGCAAUCCAGAGCAUGCUAGCGAACAAGACAAGAUAAUGCAAGAAUUAGAGAGGCAAAUAAAAAUCUUGAAACUAAAGAAAGAAAUUAGCGAGCUGGAAGAACAGUUGGAAACAAGAAAAAGUGUUGCCACAUUUUCUGAUGUGGAAGGUGCGUUGCCAAAAUUUUCAGGGGACAAUCAAUUAAUAAUAACAAAGUGGAUACAGGAAUUUGACAACAUAACCAACGUAAUGAAGUGCUCUAAAACAGAACAAUUCAUUUAUGCACGGCGUAUGUUAAAAGGUAGCGCGGCCCUGUUUUUACGCAGCACAAAGUCAAAUUCCUGGGAAGGCCUGAAAAAAGAAUUAUUGAAUGAGUUUGGCAGAGUAGUUGGGGCGAAGGAAGCUCUAAGAAAGUUGGACGCUAGAAAAUGGGACAGACAAAAAGAAAGCCUACACCGGUAUGUCCUAGAAAUGCAACAACUAGCGGAAGACACUCCACUCUCGCAGAAAGAAAUAGUGGAGUACAUAGUGGAUGGUAUGCUAGACAAAUCAGUGGCAGCUUCCAUAUUCUUCAAGGUGGUCACGGUAGCCGAAUUUAAAGAGCUGAUACCAAAAUACGAGAAAAUGGUGGCGGACCGAAAACAAUAUCAGCCGAAAAGUGAUGUGGUGAAGCAGGCACCGCCAACAGUCAAGUGCUUCCGAUGCUCGAAGUAUGGGCAUUAUUCAACAACUUGCACAGAGGGACAGCGGCCAAUAGCGUGUUUCACUUGCGGAAAAAAGGGGCACAUGAAGAUCAAUUGCCCACUACGGACGGUAGCGGCAAUCCCAGACGAGGAGGAAGUAGAUUGGAACAUACAGGUGAGAGUAGCUCUGAGUCCCAGUAAUUCAAAAUAAUGACGGACUGUAACUCUCUAGCUAUGACAUUGGGGAAACGAAAUAUCAACAGCCGCAUUGCACGAUGGGCCCUUGAACUAGAGAAUUAUAAUUACACCAUUAUGCAUAGGCCAGGGGAAAAAAUGGCCCACGUCGAUGCACUGUCUAGAAUCGAACCAGAGAAUAGUAACAAAGUAGUAGCGACAAUCGAAAUAGAGGAUAUAGACUUCCAAUUAUGUGCGGCCCAAGCUAGGGAUAAGGAAAUAAGUGAGCUAAAGUCGAAACUUGAAAAUGGAACCGUGAACGGAUAUGAUAUGGUAAACGGGGUUAUAUAUAGAAAAAUUAAUGAUUCUUUGCGGUUCUUCGUACCUAAAAGCAUGGAAAUGGAAGUGAUACGGGAAAUGCAUGAAAAGUUAGGUCAUUUAGGGGUUGACAAAUGCUAUCUGAAAUUAAAAGAUCACUAUUGGUUCCCAGAAAUGAAACAAAAAGUAGAGGAACAGAAAAAGAAUUGUCUUAAGUGUAUCAUGUAUUCAGCCCCUCACAAACCAAAUGCGAGGGCACUACAUAGCAUCCCAAAAGAACCCAGACCCUUUCACACAAUUCAUUUGGAUCAUUUGGGCCCAUUACCAUCAUUGCAGUCGAAAAGAAAGCACAUUUUAGUCAUAAUCGAUGCUUUCACAAAAUUUGUUCGACUUUAUCCGGUUUUAACAACGAGCACCAAGGAAGUAAAUGCAGCGCUUCUCAAAUAUUUUGACUACUACAGCAGACCGGUUAGAUGCGUAACGGACAGAGGGAGUUGUUUCACAUCAAAGGAGUUUGCCGACUUUUUAGAAGAGAAAAAUAUAAAUCAUGUGAAAGUGGCAGUGCAUUCACCCCAGGCGAAUGGACAGGUUGAGCGGGUAAAUAGGACUUUGGUAGGAAUGCUAGCAAAACUCAGCGAACCUGUACAACACGCCGAUUGGGUGAAACAACUUAGCAAAAUAGAGUUUGCAUUUAACAACACUGUAAAUAGGUCUAUUGGUGACACCCCUAGUAGAGUUUUGUUUGGGGUUAACCAGAGAGGAGAGAUAGUGGACAAACUGUCAGAAUACCUUGAGGAGAACUUUUUGGACCCGGGGGGGGGUAUCCAAGAAAUCAGAGAUAAAGCGGCGGCUG